GGCGCGCUCCCGUCCCCACGCUGAGGAUUUGUGCGCUGCCCACCGCCCCCUUGUGAGGCAUUGAAACAAGAAGGAAACUACAACUUCCGGCAUGCAACGCGCAGCGGCCCUAGGCGAUAGGCGGUGGCGGACUGGCCGCGGUGCGUGCUGGGAGUUGUAGUUCCCGGUUCUGUAUUGUCUCUCCUCUCGCUGGUCGGGAACCCGCCGCCACCCCUGCCGGGUGAGUGACUGACAGCUCCCUGCAGCCAGUGGCCGAGGUGCUGGGUGGUGGAGACAAGCGCCCGUCGCCCCGGUGACCGGUGGCGAGUUGGUGACUCGGUGAGGAGCUGGAGUCCUGAGGGACGGAGGACUUCUGCAGAUGAAGGAACUGGGAUGCCAGGAAAGCACCUAAGUGAAACAUGAAUAAGAAUUGCACUAAUUAAGGGCUCCUCCUGUUCCAGAGAUUAACCAAAAUGUAUAGACCAGGGGAAACAGUGAAAUGUCGACUCAAUAUGCAUGCUCCUCCUCGGAUAAGAAGUGUGGAAGUUGCAAGAGGAAGAGCUGGCUAUGGGUUCACCCUUUCUGGACAAGCUCCCUGUGUUCUUAGCUGCGUUAUGAAAGGAAGUCCUGCAGAUUAUGUGGGACUUAAAGCAGGAGAUCAAAUAUUUGCAAUUAAUGAAAUUAAUGUAAAACAAGCUUCUCAUGAAGAUGUGGUGAAACUAAUAGGAAAAUGUUCUGGAGUCCUGCACAUGGUCAUUGCUGAAGGCAACAGUCAUAUUGACUCAUGUUCUAGUGAUGAAGAAGUUGGUUUUUAUGAUGGGAAAGGGUGGCUGAAGCCAAAGCCUGACUCUAAAGCCUUGGGUAUAAAUAGAGCGGAGAAGGUUGUUGAAGAAAUGCAGUCUGGUGGAAUUUUCAACAUGAUAUUUGAAAAUCCUAGUUUUUGUGCUGGUAAUGCAGAGAAUUCAGUACCAAAACAAAGAUCCCUUUCUGAGUCUGCUGCUACUAAAUUUGAAACUGGACAUGAAAGUAUAAAUAACAAUCCUAAUCUACUUUCAAAGGAAGAAAUAUCCAAAGUGUUGCAUGAUGAUGCAGUUUUUCAAAUUGGACUGGAAAAUCCAGAAAACUUUGGGUUAGAUGCAAGUAUUUUAAAUGUUGCUAUGGUGGUAGGUUACCUAGGCUCGAUUGAACUUCCUUCAACAAGCUCAAAUCUGGAAAAUGACAGUUUGCAGGCUAUUCGGGGAUGUAUGAGACGCCUUCGGGCAGAACAGAAAAUCCAUUCAUUAGUGAUGAUGAAGAUUAUGCAUGACUGUAUUCAGCUCUGCAGUGACAAGUCUGGUGUAGUGGCAGAAUAUCCUGCAGAGAAACUGGCAUUUAGUGCUGUGUGCCCUGAUGAUAGAAGAUUUUUUGGGCUAGUUACCAUGCAGACAAAUGAUGAUGCAAGCUUGGCUCAGGAAGAUGAAGGGGUUCUGAGGACAUCUUGUCACGUGUUCAUGGUGGAUCCAGAAUUAUUUCAUCAUAAAAUUCACCAAGGUAUAGCAAGACGUUUUGGACUGGAGUGUACGGCAGAUCCAGACACAAAUGGCUGUUUAGAAUUUCCAACGUCAUCUUUACCUGUCCUUCAAUUUAUCUCUGUCCUCUAUAGGGAUAUGGGUGAGCUGAUUGAGGGAAUGCGCGCAAGAGCUUUUCUUGAUGGCGAUGCAGAUGCUCAUCAGAAUAACAGUACAAGCAGCAACAGUGAUAGUGGUAUUGGAAAUUUUAACCAAGAAGAAAAAAGCAAUAGAGUUUUGGUGGUUGAUUUAGGAGGCAAUCCAAGUAAACAUAUUCCUAAUAGUAUAUGGGAAAAUCCAGUUGGAAGGGGACAGAAUCAACAUGCUUCCCAUUGGAAUGGCUUCUGUCAAGAACAAGAGGGAAACACUCAUUUAGAAAUAAUUCAGAAUGACAAAUCACAAAAUUUAAGUAAGCACUUAAGUCCUUCAGCUCGUAUUGAAGUUCCACUAGUUUCUUCUCGAAGUUCAGUGCCGCCAUCCAAGAAAAGUAUUGUAGGCAUAGGCAAUCAGAGAUGGUUGCCUGUUCAUGUCUUACAAGAAUGGCAACAUGGAAAUGCCAGUGACCAGGAGUCUUAUACGGAUUCUACAGAUGGCUGGUCAAGUAUUAACUGUGGUACUCUUCCCCCUCCAAUGAAUAAGAUUCCAGCUGACAGAUAUAGAGUUGAUGGCAGCUUUGGUCAGCCCCAAUUAACAUCCUAUAAAAAUGAAUGGUCUAAGAAUGUAUUUUGCACGCACAAGAAGUUUGGCCCUCAACACAAUAUUAGAAAGUCUAAAGAAGCUAAAAAGGGUGCCAAAUUUGGACAUCCAGUUGGAUUAGCCCUGGCUCCCCAACGUUCGUCUGUUCGGAGAUCAUUUGGAAGAUCUAAGCGAUUUAGCAUUACUCGUUCACUGGAUGAUCUUGAGUCUGCAACUGUGUCUGAUGGAGAGCUAAACAGCAGUGAUUUAAAAGACUGUAUCAGUGAUAAUAGCCUCAGUAGCAAUGCUAGUCUUCCCAGUGUACAGAGCUGUCGACGACUCCGAGAAAGAAGAGUUGCAAGCUGGGCCGUUUCAUUUGAACGUCUUCUUCAGGAUCCUGUUGGCGUUAGAUUUUUCUCUGAAUUUCUACGGAAAGAAUUUAGUGAAGAAAAUAUUUUAUUCUGGCAGGCCUGUGAAUAUUUUAACCAUGUACCUGCACAUGACAAAAAAGAGCUUUCUUACAGAGCUCGGGAGAUCUUCAGCAAGUUUUUGUGUAGCAAAGCUACAACCCCAGUUAAUAUUGAUAGCCAGGCACAGUUGGCAGAUGAUAUUCUCAGUGCUCCACAUCCAGAUAUGUUCAAAGAACAGCAGCUUCAGAUUUUUAAUCUGAUGAAGUUUGAUAGCUAUACUCGCUUUCUGAAAUCCCCGCUUUACCAAGAAUGCAUUCUGGCUGAAGUAGAAGGUCGCCCUCUUCCUGAUCCACAGCGUGUUCCCAGCAGCCCCACAUCUAAACAUAGUAUCAACUCAGAGCGGUCCCAUAUCUCAACACCAAAAAAGUUAAUUGGAAAAUCAAAGUCAGGAAGGUCCUUAAAUGAAGAAUCUGGAGAGGAAGAUGCUGAGAAGAAAAAAAAGGGGACAUUUUUCUCCUGGUCAAGAAGUAAGAGUGUGGGGAGAUCGCAGAAAAAAAAGGAAAAUGAUGACUACCAAAAUGAUUUUAUGCAUACCAAUGGACUAUUUUGCAGACGUGAAUCACAAGGCUCCAUGUCAUCAGCUGCAAGUCUUGAACUGUCUGAUGCCUCUCGGUUAUCUGCAUCUGUACCUGAUAAAGAGAAAUCCUCAAAAUACUGCUGUAUAAACCUUCCAGAUGGCUCAUCCUGUAAAAUGGUUGUUAAAUCAGGAUUCUCAGUCAAAGAGAUGUUAUCUGGGCUCUGUGAGAAACAUGGCAUUAACAUAGCUGCAGUAGACCUUUUUUUAGUUGGAGGAGACAAGCCACUUGUAUUGCAUCAAGACAGUAGCAUCUUGGAUUCUCGGGAUCUACGUUUAGAAAAACGUACUUUAUUUCGGCUGGAUCUUGUUCCAAUCAAUAGAUCAGUUGGUUUGAAGGCUAAACCCACUAAGCCAGUAACAGAAGUUCUACGGCCUGUGGUUGCAAAAUAUGGCUUAAAUCUUAAUGAACUUGUGGCAAAACUAAAUGGUGAGCAGGAACCACUAGAUCUUGGUGUCCCAAUAUCUAAUCUGGAUGGUCAACGAGUUGUAUUAUAUGAAAAAGAGCCAACAAAGGGAAGAGUGUUCACAGACAGACAAAAAGGCGCCCCAGUAAAACAAAGUACAGUUGUAACUUCCACUUCCAGAAAUCAAGCAUCUACAGGAGAGGGAAGAACUCUAGGAAAGUCUAAUUCUAUUAAAAUAAAAGGCGAAAAUGGAAAAAAUGCUAGGGAUGCUCGGCUAUCAAAGAGAGAAGAAUCUCUUGCAAAGAUUGGGGAAAAAAAAUAUCAGAAAAUUAAUUUGGACGAAGCAGAGGAGUUUUUUGAACUCAUAUCCAAAGCUCAAAGUAACAGAGCAGAUGACCAACGUGGGCUGCUAAGGAAAGAAGACCUUGUUCUACCUGAUUUUCUUCGUUUACCUCCCAGUGGACCAGAACCACCCUCAUCUACACCAGUGAGCUCUAAAGGCCUCAGCAAGAGAAUUGCAAAAGAUGAUGGCAAGGAUAAAUGUACGCAGCCAAGUGGAAAACUGGAGACUACACAAAACUGUAAUGAAAAUUCAAUUAAGAAAACAGGUCAUUCAGAAAAUAAACAUAAGUCUGUUUUGACAACGCUCAACAGUCAGAAGACUUACAAUGUUCCUUUUAGUGCCCCAUUGUCUCCAAUUCCACAUGUACAGGAAAACAAUAUGACAAUAUGGAAAAGGCAAUCAGGAGAAUUACAGGCUGAAGGCAUACAGACUAUAGAUGAUGAAAAUGUAGCAGACUUGACUCUUGUGGCUGAAGGAGAUAUUAGUAGCCCUAACAGCACCUUACUGCCGCCACCACCAACACCACUAUCAGACAUCAGUAAACUCACAGAAGCCAACUAUCCACCGCCAACUCCACUGGCAGGUAAUCAGGAAAAUUCUGGAUAUCAAAGAUCCAAUUCAGGUAUGAACCACAGAAAGAAAAAAGAUUCACCAGGGGCUGCAGGAAACUUCUGUGAGCAAAGCUCUCACAAAACAAAGACCAACAGAAGCCUUAAUCCUCCUGGUGGUAGGGAUAAUCUUCCCACUUCUGUAAACAGAAUAAUUGAUGUGGAUGGAGUUAAACUGGAAGACAGUGGCACACGAUCCUGUGAUGAUUCAGAAGGGAACCUCAGCUUCGAAGGCUGUAUCUCUGAACUAAGAUCUUGCCAGGGGAGGAUGCGGACAGGAGUUUAUAGAACAUCAGACCUUCCCUCUCUGAUUACUGUCAAGAGUGAGAAAAACAAGGGUGCUAAGAAUCAAUACAAAGCUACUUUUGUUUAAAUCCCUAUUUUUAAUUAACAGCUUCAGCAUUUUUGCCUGGCAUCGUUAGCACUAGAGCUAUGCAUUAUGGGCAUGUUCCGGCAAGUCACUCAGUGCUUUCAAUUUCUAUUGGCUUCAAUGAGCGUUUAAAAUAGUCAGCACCUCCCAAGGUCAGACCUUGUAUGAAUUGGAA